ACAUGCAGCGAGCGAGCUAGUGCCACAUUAGCGUACACACUCUCUUUUGACUCCAACCUCCAUACUCCGAACCAAAGGGCAAUUCGAUAUUCAAGCGCACUUUAACCUAAGCUUUGGCCAUCAAAAAAAAAAGUCAACCCUGCGCCUAAAUCCUCGCUAAUCGUCUAUAUACGCUCAUGGUUAAAGCUUAGAAGCAAUGCCGCCUAUCCGAACACGGAAUAAGAAAUCAAGGGGGAAGUCGGCGCUUCCAGGGUUCGGAUUCACUCCUGGCAUCGGACUUGGAGCGAACGAACGCGCAACAGCAGCGACCAAAGAGUGCGCCACGCAAUCGGCUGGAGAGGCUACAAUGCGCUUAACUAGUGAGACAGAGGAGGGACGUCUAUUUAAUGAAGGUACAGCGACACAUGCGAUCGGAGACUCAGAAGAGGCUUGCGAAUUUGCACCAACUCAUGCCGAUCUUGCAGUCAAAGGACCUAAUGCAGCGCAAAAGACUUCUGUGCCAAUGAAUAGGGGACUGAAGGAAGUCACCUUUCGAGUCAAUCAAGAAUGGGAGUCCUAUCAUCGGGAAUGGCUUGGGCAAGGGACUAAGAGAGUGGCAUUUGGCUCUGGCUUCGUCCUGAAAGACCAACAUAUCUACGAGCUGACCUCGAUUGGACCUCGUCUAUGUCGUAGUCUGACACGUUUCGAAUUCCAUUUCGAAGAUGUCGGUUACGAUGCUAAGAACUCGGCUCAAGAAGUCACGGACGAGGCUGUGAUUCACCUCACCAAGUUAUGUCCCAAACUUCGCUUCGUGCAGCUUCAGGGUACCUCGGGCCUUCAGGACAUUACGCUCGAAGCCUUGUUUAAAAAUUGCGCCGAUAUCUCUUAUGUAGAGAUCACUACGCAUAGCAGGCAUGGAAACAGUCGGUUGGAUGGAUCGGCCCUCGAUAAAUUGCGGGAGCAUCCACGUUGGGGCACCAAGUUGAAAAAGCUCCGACUCCCAAAUCAGGACACAAAGUGCGAUGGACGCGAUUCUCUCACGAGGGCAGUGCGUGCUCUCACCAAAGAAAGGGAUAAGCUCUUAGUCCAGCUGGUCUGCGUCUCUGAGCUCAAGAAAUGGGGAGAUUGGGAGCUUGAGGUCUUGCAUACCAACUUUCGCAAAGGAAGGAAACAGAGUACUUUAUAGACGACUGUUCGUCGCUCAGCGCUCACCUAACGCUCUCAACAAGGCCAAACCUUGUCACCCGUGUACAGUGACGUAAACCCGCGCAUUACGUAGCGCCAACCACUGUCGUUGCCACUGUCUGGAUUCUUCUAAGAUAUCCUCUAUGGGCUUUUCCGGCAAAGCCAAGUAUUGGAAGCCGAGACUGAGUUCUCUUGAUUGUGGCGUUUUGACAGGGUAGUAUUGCUGCUGUUGUGCGAUCUCUUCCGCUGUCCAGUUGUCGUGUCCGCCAAAGAGAUCAGGCACAAUCCACAGUUCCUGUUGUAUAUUAAUUUCCAACCUCUUCGGGGCUGGGGGGAAUAUCCAACCUGUAUGUAAAAGCGAAACUCGUGAGCAGCAAUUGUCUGCAGGAAUUUAAUUCCCUCGAUUGUUUCAGAAGCGUCGAAUUUCGAAGCGCGUUUAUUAGAGACGAUUUACCGGCGUUAAGGUUCCCCGUAACAACUAUGUUCAUUGCCUCAUCAACGUAAUUAAUCUCAUCCCUAGCUGUAGUUAUUUCCUGUUGCGUAAUUCCGGCUUCG